GUUUCCACUAGAUAGCACAGUCACAAAGUCUAAAUUGGCAAAUCAUAACAAUGAAUGAAAACAAAAAUGUGCUUUUUUUUUCUUCAUUUACGUUUUGCGGUGUGGUUAGGUACAAAACCAGAUUUGAAGAGUAUAUUUUCUUUAGAAAGAAAUGGCGUUUCUGCCUAUGUGGCUGCUGUGGUAUUUAGUAACGACCAGAGCGAAGGGAAUUGUUGAAACGUUUUUUUGCGACGGAGAACGAAUUCGUAUUGGACAAGUUCAGCUGGUUCGGACUCCGUUUUUAAAAAGUUCUCUCGUUUCCUGCUUACCGAACACACACACACACAAGGGAUUGAUCAGCUGUUAUACAGAACGAAUACAUAUCAAUGUAACUUGUUGUUGUGUUAAUAGCCUACUGUACUAUUUAUGGUGAGUCGACAGCGGAAUGGAGUUUCCCGAGGAGGUCCUCGCCCACAUAUUCUCCUACCUGUCGGUAAAGGAACGGGAAAGCGCGUCGGCAGUAUGUACGAGGUGGUCGCAGUCCAUGAGCCACCCGCGAGUGUGGCGGUACACUGAAAUAAGGUGUGAGACCGGGGAACAGGAGGACCCUGCUCUGCAGCAUUUCUCCUCUCUCCUGCCAUUGGUCCGUCACCUGAAGAUCACCGUCAGUUCGCUGAGCGAUCCAGCCAAUCGCAGCGCUGCCCUGUCUGUCCUCCGCAUGGCCACCAGCGGUCCCCUGCGAACCUUGACCCUGUCCUGUUCUGGAGGAGUCCCUCUCUUCUACUCAGGUCACGACCUGGAGGAAGGGCUGGAGGCCGCUCUCACUGCAUCUCCGGAACACGUGGGAGGAGCCUUCCUCUCCCACUUGGACCUGAGGGGCGUGCCCUUCACCCUUAGCCAAUCCCUGGUGAGGGUCUUGGCCCGGCAGAGCCCCAACCUGAGGAGUCUAUUGGUCAACAAUCAGACACUGGUGUGUAAAGUGGAGCCAGAGGCUGUGGUGGAGGUACUGGGACUGUGUCCACUUCUCAACACACUAGGGCUGUUCUAUACCAGCCUGUCCCAGAAGGUGGUGGAUGAGCUGCUGUUGCCUCAACGCUGCCCCCUCCUGGCCAUGGAGUUGUACUGCGAGCGCUUUGCCAAAUACAUCCCCCCUCUGGAGGACAGCGUGUGGGCUGGACUGAAGCACAGACACCCGGGGUUAAAGGUCAGUUGUCACGACCUGGAGGAAGGGCUGGAGGCCGCUCUCACUGCAUCUCCGGAACACGUGGGAGGAGCCUUCCUCUCCCACUUGGACCUGAGGGGCGUGCCCUUCACCCUCAGCCAAUCCCUGGUGAGGGUCUUGGCCCGGCAGAGCCCCAACCUGAGGAGUCUAUUGGUCAACAAUCAGACACUGGUGUGUAAAGUGGAGCCAGAGGCUGUGGUGGAGGUACUGGGACUGUGUCCACUUCUCAACACACUAGGGCUGUUCUAUACCAGCCUGUCCCAGAAGGUGGUGGAUGAGCUGCUGUUGCCUCAACGCUGCCCCCUCCUGGCCAUGGAGUUGUACUGCGAGCGCUUUGCCAAAUACAUCCCCCCUCUGGAGGACAGCGUGUGGGCUGGACUGAAGCACAGACACCCGGGGUUAAAGGUAAGCCUGAUAUUGGACCACACUCUUCCCAUGGAUCAUUUCAGCUCCGUAUUGCAGCCCAGCGUUCCUCUGCAGCACCUGGAACUCCUCACAUUUACUGACCUGGUCCAGCAGACACACCUGGUCACCCAGAGCUACAGCCACGCCCUGGAGACAAUCAUACUGCAGACCACCUCGUCUCCAGAGCUGGACUCCGCCCUGCGCUCCCUGGCCGCAGCCUGCAGCCUCCUCAGAGAGGUCCACUGUUACUGUGUGGUGUCGUGUGAUGUCAUCAGGGCCUUUAAAGACGGCUGCCCUCGCCUGUGGAGAUACACACUGAAGACACGCAAAGAGCCACACCCCUGGAGAUGCACUGUUAUUAAAUGACAACCAAUCACACACCUGGAGAUGCACUGUUAUUAAAUGACAACCAAUCACACCCCUGGAGUUGCACUGUUAUUAAAUGACAACCAAUCACACCCAUGGAGAUGCACUGUUAUUAAAUGACAACCAAUCACACCCAUGGAGAUGCACUGUUAUUAAAUGACAACCAAUCACACCCCUGGAGUUGCACUGUUAUUAAAUGACAACCAAUCACA